AUGUGCCGCACUGACGAGCUGAAAGAGCUUCUGAACGCGUUCGUCGAUGGAGGUUUUAAAACUCCACCCCUCUGCACCGCUGCCCAACAGGGGGACGUGGAGUUAGUGAUUCUGCUCUUGGACAAGGUGCAGGUGGACAAAAAUUCCAAAGACCCCAGUGGAGACACCCCCCUGAUUUUAGCAGCUCGCGGUGACCACAUGCCCGUCGUGGAGGCUUUGUUGGCUGCUGGUGUAGACGUCGACACCAUCAGCACCGACGGAACUGCCCUCCACGUCGCUGCCUACGGAGGAUUCGAUGGCAUUAUUGAUGCUCUGUUGAAAAAGGGAGCAAACACGGAUGUGCGCAAGUCCGACGGCGAAACCGCUCUGAUGGAAGCAGCAUAUCGUGGCCACCUGUAUGCCGUGAAGGCCUUGUUGGCUGCGCACGCCGACGUGGACGCCCGCGAGUUGGAAGGACUUACUGCUCUUCACGUUUCGGUCAUGGAAGAAGGGCGUGACGAAAUCGUUGGUGUUCUGUUGGAAGCUGGAGCGCAAAAAAAUGCCAGCGACAAUGAAGGCACCACCCCGCUCCAUAUAGCGGCCUACUGCGAUUUGGUGUCUACCGUGAAGACCUUGGUGGUCGCUGAUGUCGACGUCAAUGCUCGAGACGAGGAUGGUAUCACUGCUCUCCACAAUUCGGCCGAAGGUGGCCGCGGUGAUACGGUGAUGAAGACUCUGCUGGCGUCCGGUGCCGAGGUCAACAUCGCCACGGAGGACGGAGAUACAGCUUUACACAUCGCAGUGGCCAGCAACCUCGGCAAGGCGGGGGAAGCCGGUGGAGACGCGGGAGCGCGCUCGGUCAAGCAGCGGGGAGGUGGUGGGAGGGAGGGCUUGGACCUGGUCUCGGUGGUGGCCAAGCUUGGGGAAGUGGAAAAAGACGUGUUUCGCAGCGUGGUCAACUUUCUGUGA